UUAAGGAGGUUCCAUUUCCGGCGCUCCCGGAAGUAGUGUGAAAAUGGCGUCCUCGUCACCGAACCGGUCGUCAGCCGCCGACGGGAAAAGUGAGCCUCGUAACCAGAAGCAGAAGCCGGAGAGCCGAGAUGACUCCGAGCUCCUCACUGUUCCUGAGGGUUGGAAGGAACCAGCUUUCUCCAAAGAGGACAACCCCAGAGGACUCCUGGAGGAGAGCAGCUUUGCCACUUUGUUCCCCAAGUACAGGGAGGCUUACUUGAAAGAAUGUUGGCCUUUGGUGCAGAAAGCCUUAAAUGAGCAUCAUGUUAAAGCAACGCUGGACCUGAUCGAGGGCAGCAUGACUGUCUGCACUACCAAGAAGACUUUUGAUCCCUACAUCAUCAUCAGGGCCAGAGACCUAAUAAAGCUGUUAGCAAGGAGUGUUGCAUUUGAACAGGCAGUACGAAUUCUUCAGGAUGAUGUUGCAUGUGACAUUAUUAAAAUUGGUUCUUUAGUAAGAAAUAAGGAGAGAUUUGUAAAAAGACGACAGCGACUUAUUGGUCCCAAAGGAUCUACAUUAAAGGCGCUGGAACUCUUAACAAACUGUUACAUUAUGGUUCAAGGAAAUACGGUUUCAGCUAUUGGACCUUUUAGUGGUUUAAAAGAGGUUCGAAAAGUAGUCCUAGAUACUAUGAAGAAUAUUCAUCCAAUAUAUAAUAUUAAAACCUUAAUGAUUAAACGAGAGCUGGCAAAAGAUUCUGAAUUGCGAACACAAAGUUGGGAAAGAUUUUUGCCACAGUUUAAACACAAAAACGUGAAUAAACGCAAGGAGCCAAAGAAGAAAACUAUUAAGAAAGAAUAUACGCCAUUCCCACCACCGCAGCCAGAAAGUCAGAUUGAUAAGGAACUGGCUAGUGGCGAAUACUUUCUGAAGGCAAGUCAGAAGAAACGACAGAAAAUGGAAGCAAUAAAGGCUAAACAGGCAGAAGCUCUCAGUAAGAGACAAGAAGAAAGAAAUAAAGCUUUCAUUCCACCAAAAGAAAAGCCAGUUGUGAAACCUAAGGAAGCUCCUACUGAAACUAAAAUUGAUGUGGCUGCCAUCAAGGAAAAAGUUAAGAAAGCCAAAAAUAAGAAAUUGGGAGCUCUUACAGCUGAAGAAGUUAAGCUUAAAAUGGAAGCAGAUGAGAAGAAAAAGAAAAAAAAGUAACAUUCAAAACCAAAACUGAACCCAGAACUAAACAUAAUAUUGCUAAACUCCUUUUGUAAAGGAUUUGAUACAAAGGCUAUUGCCUUAUUUUUCUGAUCAUAGAAGUAUUCUUUAUAAAUUAUUGUAUUCUCCAUGUCUUGAAAAGUUUUGUACUAGGAAAUAAUAAAUGUAUGUUGUAUGUACUACGUUCCAUGCAGGUUUGUUACAAGGAUGAUUAAGAUUUUUUAAUACAGAAAGAUUGUGGAAUAUGUCAAAGUCUUUAAUUACCAAAGUAAAUAUUUAGGCUUAUCA